AUGACCGGAUCGGUGCACCACCACCGGCCGACGCUCAAGCAGCAAAACAAGGCGUACAAGUCCAAGCACGCGACCAAGGGCGCGCGGAAGGAUGCUGCGAAAGGCCGUCUCGCCCGCCAAUCCCCAAAAGUUUCGCCCGCAGCGAGCGCCGCGGCCCAAGCGCGGCUCAACCGCCGGAAUAACGCAAGACAGACCCAGCUUAGGAAGCGGCAUUCGCUCGUCUCAGCAACGCGCCUCUUUAGCGGCCCAGACGGUGCGCCGCGCAUCGUGGCGAUCGUCCCUCUCACCGAGGACGUCACCGCCGCCAGCGUGGUCGAAGCACUCGCGGGACCGCUGGACGGGGUCCUCCUCGAGGCGUGUGGGGGCGGGUCGUACAGGCUCAGAGCGGAGCGGUUCAAGACUUCGCUGCAGCUCCUCCCACUGCAGCACAAGCGGCUCUACGCCGCGCUCGACGCCUGCAAAGCUGCGGACUACGUCGUCCUGGCGCUCUCGUCCCGCGUCGAGGUCGGCUGCUGGGGCGACACUCUCCUCCGCGCGCUGCAGGCGCAGGGCCUCCCCACUGUUGUGCCUGUCGUCGCCGCAGCCGCAGCGCCGAUGGACGCCAAGGAGAAGGGCGGGAUCAUGAAGUCGCUCCUCUCGUUCGUGCGGUACUUCGUGCCCGGCGCGGAGCGGAUAUUCGACAUGCGCGCGCCGGCGGAUGCGCUGGGCGCGCUGCGGGCGCUGUGCGAAGGCCGCCCCGCGGAGGCGAAGUGGCGCGAGGGCCGCGCGUGGGUGCUCGGCGAGCACGUCGAGUGGCAAGACGGGCUACUGGGCGUCACAGGCGUCGUGCGCGGCGCGCUCCUCUCGGCCGACCGCCUGGUGCACCUCCCGAAUUUCGGGGACUUCCGGAUCGCGAAGAUCGUGUCCGCGCCGCUCCCGCGCACGUCGAGGUCUGCUGCGGGGGCGAUGGAGGUCGAGCCUGUGCUUCUUGCUGAGCCGGACGUGUCCUCUGCGGACUCGCUCGUGUCUACCAACGACCCGGACGAUCUGGCAAACGAGCAGACUUGGCCGACCGAGGAAGAGAUGCGCGGGGCCCCCGCGGAGUCUGCGCCGGCGGAUUCGCUGCCCGACGCGAAGAGCAGCACGACUCCGAAGACGGUGCGUCGGAUCCCGAAGGGCAUGAGUGAGUACCAAGCGGCGUGGAUCAUCGACGAGAGCGACGAGGAGGGCGACGACGCAGAGGAGGGCGAAGGUCAGGCGGAAGGGAGCACGGGUGAGGUCGAGAUGGAAGACGUUGAGGAGGAGGAGAUGGUCGAGCUGCGCGACGACACCGAGAUGGAGACUGAGGGCCGGCGGAGCGUCGCGUUCCAGGAUCUUGAUGUGGAGGAGGAGGAUCGGCAGCUGAAGAAUUGGCGGAAUCGCAAACGUGAGGAGGAAGACGACCUUGCGUUCCCCGACGAGAUCGACACACCGUUGGACGUCCCUGCGCAGACGCGCUUCCAGCGUUACCGUGGACUGCGCUCUUUCAGAACAAGCCCGUGGGAUCCGUACGAGAACUUGCCAAGAGACUAUGCUCGCAUCUUCCAAUUCGAAGAUUACAAGCGAACAGAACACGCAAUACGAAGACGUGCAGAAGAAGACAGUGCAGCCAUUGAGCCCGGAGUUCGUGUCACGGUGUAUCUUAAGGAUGUACCACAAGAAGCUGCGCAGCAGGAUUCUAGGUCUCCUUUCGUGCUCUUCAAUCUGCUAGAGCACGAGCACAAGAAAACCGUCCUCAACUUCACCGUGCAGCGCAACACUGAGUACGAUGGUUCAGUUCGUUCCAAGGACCCCUUGAUUCUGUGUGUCGGUCCUCGACGGCUGCGCGUGAAUCCCAUAUACAGCCAACAUACUCGCGGCGGAGGCAAGGGUUACAACAAUGUUCACAAGUUUGAGCGGUACCUGCGGCACGGUAUCACUAACGUCGCGACGACAUACGGGCCCGCCGUGUUUGGCAAGCAGCCAUGCCUACUUCUGAGAGAGACAGAUGACCCGCAAUCACCAGAACUUGUGGCAAUGGGAAGCUUCAUCAACCCCGACCCGACACGCGUCAUCGCAAAACGCAUCGUCCUGACCGGACACCCGUUCAAGGUCCACAAAAAGACGGCCACCGUCCGCUACAUGUUCUUCAACCCUGACGAUAUCAACUACUUCAAGCCGAUCCAACUGCACACGAAAUACGGUCGCACGGGCCAUAUCCGCGAGUCGCUUGGAACGCACGGGUAUUUGAAGGCGCAUUUCGACGGUCCAAUCAACCAGAUGGAUACUGUCUGCAUGUCUCUGUACAAGCGUGUCUUCCCGAAGUGGAGCGACUUGUGGAAGGAGCAAUCACUACCAGUAUCGGGAUCCUCCGUCGAUGCGAUGGAGGAAUGA